AUGCUGGUAAACCAGAAAAGUCAGCCCUUCAAAAUUAAAGUCAUUGACUUUGGUUUGUCCCUAAAGAAGUCAGAGGUGGAGGAAGGUAUGGUUAGGCAGGCGGUCCCUUUUAGAGCACCUGAGCUGGUCCUGGGCCUCCCCUUGACAGAGGCAAUCGACAUGUGGUCUCUGGGGUGCCUUCUGGCCAUGCUUUAUAUGUCUGCCUACCUGUUCACCUCCAGCUGUGUGUACCAGCACAUGAGGAGCAUUGUGCAGAUCCUAGGUCAGCCAGCUGAUCAUUUACUCAGUGCAGGGAGCAUGAGCAGAAAAUUCUUCAUUCAGAGCCAGUACCUGGACAACCACAAAUGGUGGCUGAAGACGCCUGCAGAGUACCAGCUGGACACUGGGAUUGUUUCUCAACCUGGUGUGGGGUCUGUGAAGUCUCUGGAUGAUUUUGUUACCCUUCAUCCAGAGCUUUGUGGAUCUACUGAGAGGGAGGAUUGCAGAGCUUUCAUCAGCCUUCUGAAACUUCUUCUUAACACAGACCCUGAGCAGAGAAUCUGCCCUGAACAGGCCCUGAAGCACCUGUUUGUGUCCAUGGUGCACCUGCAAGAGACGGACAACAGGGGGUAUGUGGACUUCACCUCCUACAAAAUGUCUGUCACCCACAGGGACGAGCCAGAGGAGGAAGUACUUUUUGAGCCAGCAGAAGAAGUCGUGGCUCAAGAGGAAGAGCAUUUGGGAUCAGCUGUCCCCGGAUCCUUUCAGGAGAGACCAGAAGAAGCUGAAACAACCGACUCAGCUCUGAGUGAUUUGGCCGUAACCCAAACUGGACUGGAAGAUGGUCCAACUGAGGAGGAAGAGAGGGUGGACAGUGAGUCUCCUGCUGAAGGUCCACCUGUAAGGGAGAGGAGGAGCCGCCUGAAACAAUUCAGAAAAUUCUGCAGCCGAGCCCUCAGGACCAUGUUUGGACUGAGGAGGAGAAAUUAA